CAAAGCUCGCGCCCUGGAAGCGGGACAGUAGCUCGGCCGGGUGCGGGCGGACGAAGCCGCUUGCGAUUUCUCCUGGGGCGGCUGCAGGAGUUCCACACGCCGGGCGUGCCCUGCCCCUUCCUCUUUGGACAACCUUGAAGGCGCGCACACAGUCGGCAUUCUGAGGCCUCGAACUCCAGGGCCUUGACUGGACAGGCCGCGGAUCUCCGACCCCUGCCCCGCGAGUGAGUCCGCCGGACCGGGCCGCCGCCAAGCACGGGUGCCCCAGGCUCGGAAGAACAGCCCUGGUCUUCUACAGCCUUGUAGGGGAUGUAUUUUAAAGAAUUGUUGAAGACAAAACAUCUUAUUUUCCUUUUUUAAUGGCUUUAGAGAAUUUUAAACCAAAUACAAUUUGACAUGACGGCAAAAAAUGUUGGUUUGAGUUCCACAAAUACAGAAUUAAGAGGAUUUAUAGAUCAGAAUCUCAGUCCAACAAAAGGAUCCAACCAGGUGCUGGGAUGCAAAGCUGAGACACGGACCACCUACGGCAGAACUGCAAGUAACAUUUCAUUUGUCGCAUAUCCAGUCUCCAGCACCAACUCACCAACCAAGAUUUUACCGAAAACCUUAGGACCAAUAAAUGUGAAUGUUGGACCCCAAAUGAUUAUAAGCACACCCCAGAGACUAGCCAGUUCCGGAAGUGUUCUGAUCGGGAGCCCGUACACCCCUGCACCGGCGAUGGUCACGCAGACACACAUAGCAGAAGCCACGGGCUGGGUCCCGAGUGAUAGAAAACGGGCUAGAGAAUUUAUAGACUCUGAUUUUUCAGAAAGUAAAAGAAGCAAAAAAGGAGAUAAAAAUGGAAAAGGCUUGAGACAUUUUUCGAUGAAAGUGUGCGAGAAAGUUCAGCGGAAAGGUACAACAUCCUAUAAUGAAGUGGCUGAUGAGCUGGUAUCAGAGUUCACCAAUUCAAACAACCAUUUGUCAGCUGAUUCGCAGGCUUAUGACCAGAAGAACAUUAGGCGAAGAGUUUAUGAUGCUUUAAAUGUGCUAAUGGCAAUGAACAUCAUUUCAAAGGAAAAAAAAGAAAUCAAGUGGAUCGGCCUGCCUACCAAUUCUGCUCAGGAGUGUCAAAACCUGGAGAUAGAGAAGCAGCGGCGGAUAGAACGGAUCAAGCAGAAGCGGGCCCAGCUGCAAGAGCUUCUCCUGCAGCAAAUCGCUUUCAAAAACCUGGUGCAGAGGAAUCGGCAAAAUGAACAGCAGAACCAGGGCCCUCCCGCUCUGAACUCCACCAUUCAGCUGCCAUUUAUCAUCAUCAACACGAGCAGGAAGACAGUCAUAGACUGUAGCAUCUCCAGUGACAAGUUUGAGUACCUUUUCAACUUUGACAACACCUUUGAGAUCCACGACGACAUCGAAGUUCUGAAGCGGAUGGGGAUGUCCUUCGGCCUGGAGUCAGGCAAGUGCUCCCUGGAGGACCUGAAGCUGGCCAAGUCGCUGGUGCCGAAGGCUUUAGAAGGCUACAUCACAGAUAUAUCCACAGGACCUUCUUGGUUAAAUCAGGGACUGUUGUUGAACUCGACCCAGUCAGUUUCAAACUUAGACGUGACCGCUGGGGCCCCCUUGUCCCAGUCAAGUGUAAACCAGGGCUUGUGCCUGGAUGCGGAAGUGGCCUUAGCAACCGGGCAGCUCCUCGCCCCCAACAGCCACCAGUCCAGCAGUGCGGCCUCCCACUGCUCCGAGUCCCGAGGCGAGACGCCCUGCUCGUUCAACGACGACGACGAGGAGGAAGAGGAGGACGACUCCUCCUCCCCGGAAUAAAGACAGGACGAAACCCACGUUUC